GUAGGCUUGUAGCCCAUAACCAAAACCCCAAAACCCGCAACCGCCGUCUUCUGCACUCUCCUCUGAUCACUGGUUAGUAUCAUGACCUGAACUCGGCUCUUCUUCGUCGUCUGAAAGGGCAAAACCGGAAAUUCGAUUUCCCGCCCAUUAUGUCCACAUCCUCAGCCCGAGCACGGCUGGCUCUCAUAGCCCUCCUCUCCGCCACCACGUUCUACUGUUUCUACAAAUCUCGCCGCCUCAAGCAACUCUCCCUAAACCCUAACCCUAGCUCCUCUCCGCCUCGCAAAGGCAAGCUCUUCUUCAUUUCCCAAACCGGCACCUCCAAAGCCCUAGCUCAGCGUCUUCUAAAACUUCUAGCCUCCAAUGGCCUCGCCUUCGAGCUCGUCGACCCUAGCAGCUACGAGCCAGAGGACCUCCCCAAGGAAACCCUAGUCCUGAUCGUCGCUUCCACCUGGGACGAUGGACAACCGCCUCCGAGCGCCAAGUUCUUCACCAAUUGGCUCGCGGAGAGCGCCGAGGACUUCAGAGUGGGGUCCAUGCUGCUCUCGCAGUGCAGAUUCUCGGUGUUCGGCGUCGGAAGCCGAGCCUACGGUGCGUCGUUCAAUGCGGUGGGGAGGGACUUGUCGAAGUGGAUGAGGGCGUUGGGCGCCGCCGAGAUAUUGCCGGUUUGGGAAGGUGACGUGGACGACGGGGAUAUAGACCAGGUCUUUGAGGCUUGGAGUGGUAAGCUGAUGAGGUUUUUGAAGGCCGGUGUGGCCGAAAACGGUGUCGCUUUGGGUAAUGGUGUUGGUGUUGAUGCUGAAGGUGAAGCUGAGUAUUCUGACGUGUCAGAUUAUGAUGAGGAGGAGGAGGAGGAGGAGACUGUGGUUGAGUCUGGGGUUGUUGAUCUUGAGGACAUUGCAGGUAAAGCACCUUCAAGGGGGACGGUGACGGUGGCUAAGACUAAGACCAAUGGGAUAGUGAAUGGUAAAAGAGAUAUGGUCACUCCGGUGAUUCGUGCCAGCUUAGAGAAGCAGGGGUACAAAAUUAUUGGUUCGCAUAGUGGUGUCAAAAUUUGUAGAUGGACAAAGUCACAGCUUAGAGGCCGAGGUGGUUGCUAUAAACACUCGUUUUAUGGCAUAGAAAGUCAUAGGUGCAUGGAGGCAACCCCUAGUUUGGCAUGUGCCAAUAAAUGUGUUUUCUGUUGGAGACAUCAUACAAACCCUGUUGGAAAGAGUUGGCAGUGGAAGAUGGACGAUCCAUUAGAGAUUGUGAAAACUGCCAUAGACCUGCACAGUAAAAUGAUUAAGCAAAUGAAAGGAGUUCCUGGAGUUACAUUGGAGCGAUUAACAGAGGGUCUCUCUCCCAGGCAUUGUGCCUUGUCACUUGUUGGUGAACCUAUUAUGUAUCCAGAGAUUAAUACACUAGUAGAUGAGCUGCAUUGUAGACGGAUUUCUACUUUUCUAGUGACAAAUGCUCAAUUUCCUGAAAAAAUUAGAAUGCUGAAACCUAUUACACAGUUAUAUGUAAGUGUGGAUGCUGCAACUAAAGAGAGUUUGAAGGCAAUUGACAGGCCACUUUUUGGAGAUUUUUGGGAGCGAUUUAUUGAUUCCUUGAAAGCUCUCAAGGAAAAACAGCAGCGAACUGUUUAUCGCUUAACUUUGGUCAAGGGAUGGAAUACAGAAGAAAUUGAGGCUUAUUAUAACAUCUUUAGCAUUGGUAACCCCGAUUUUGUUGAAAUCAAAGGAGUUACAUAUUGUGGAUCGUCUGCUACCUCAAAAUUGACGAUGGAGAAUGUGCCCUGGCAUGCUGAUGUUAAAGCUUUUUCAGAGGCCUUGGCUUUGAGAAGUAAUGGCGAGUAUGAGGUCGCAUGUGAGCAUGUCCACUCAUGUUGUGUCCUCCUGGCAAAAACUAAAAAGUUCAAGAUCAAUGGGCAGUGGUUCACAUGGAUAGACUAUGAAAAGUUUCAUGAUCUGGUGGCUUCUGGAAAACCCUUUGACAGUAAUGAUUAUAUGGCUGCCACACCUUCAUGGGCUGUUUAUGGGGCAGUUGAAGGUGGAUUUGAUCCCUAUCAAUCUCGAUAUAGGAAGGAGCGACAUCACAGAUCAAACCAGUGACUGACCAGGUUAGAUAUGGAGCUUUAGGAACCGUUUGUUUGUAAUUUUACUUAUUUGAAACAGUUUUGCCUACAUAUCUACAGCUAUAAUCAGAAGUUUGUAUUCUAGUUAUCCUCUGCUUAUUUUUUGGAAGAAGAUUACUCUGAUGUUUACGUUUCACAACUCAUAAUUUUGUAUUCAUUGCUUGAUUACAGAGAUAAAUAUCAGUUAGUGUAGAGCUUAUUAUGUA